UUUUGCUCAGUACACGUAUCAACAUCUAUUCAUAUAUAGUCAUUGGUUUCAUGCACACCAUACAAGAUUUUUAAGUGGACCGAUAUUUUACAUCAGGAAAGAAAAUUACUUCCUUAUGUUAUAUAAUUGUUGAUGAAUCAUUAUGCUGAAUAUCUAUUGAAGGACUAACUGGUACUCAAAAGGAAACACAUUGACAAUGGCUUCAAAAAGUCCAGGCAAACUUCAACCUGCAGAUUUUAUAGAGAAACUAUACAAAUCAAACCUUCAAAAUGAAGAGUUAUUAGAGAUAUUGGUAAAGACAAUGAAAGUAAUUAAUAGAGGCAUUGACAACACGAAAUUAUCAGAUGAUUAUUUAUCUUUGCUCGUCCAUCUUAUAGCGAAGGCUUCUACAUGCACGGUACACAGAAGGACACAGGAGGUCUUUCAGUUGUUGAAUAUGCUGUCGGAUUCUUCACUGAUUACAACCAGGAGUAUUCCAUUGCUUGUAGGGGUGACAUGUAACAACUCCCGUGAUCAUGAUUUUCAUUGUUUAUUAUCCGAUUACUUAACAAUACUUCAGGAAUUAUACAUACGUAUGCCCCAUUUGUGUACAACUCCACAUGUUAUUGGACUUGUAGAAUUUUUGAAAGGACAAGUAAGCGAAUGUGAUGAUUGCGAAGACAAAAAUAAGAUGGUUGACUUUGUAUUUGAAUUGAAGAAAGACAUAAUGAGGAUCGCCGAAGAGCGGUCAAAGCCAAAACAUGUAAAAAAGCAAGACAUUGAAGACCAGUUUGCCCCUCCAGAGGAUUUCCGAACUAUGCCAGUCGUUCCUGGACAAAUCGAUGUUUUAUACGCUCCUAAUUUUCUAAGACGGAACAAAGUUUACGGGAAGUAUUUGGAUUUAGAUCAUUAUUUAGAUGUACAGUUUAGGUUGUACAGAGAAGACUGCGUGUCACCUCUUCGGGAUGCUCUCCUGGAAUUCAAACAGAAAGAUAGAGAAAUUCGGAGCGGAAAAUUUAGAUUAGAAAGUGGUCUUGUCUAUAGAAAUGUGUUAGUAUUGAACCAAAGCACUUCGAUAGAUAAUGGGGAAGUGUUUGAACUACAACUAGACUCAGACCAUUCCAAAAAGAUCAACUGGAUAAAAUCAAAGAGACUUAUUUAUGGGUCUUUAUUGCUUGUUUCUUUUGAUAGAUUCAAAACAAUUUUCUUCGCCGUUGUAGCUGAAUGUGAGAGAGAAACUUUACAAAAGACAGGCUGUUUUGCUGUACAAGUGUUUAAAUCGGGCAGCAACGUCAAACUUCCAAGAAAUGAAUAUGGUAUAAUGAUAGAGGCGACAUCAGCAUAUUUUGAGGCUUACAAACAUGUACUAAAAGCUUUACAGCGCAUUAAGGAGGAAACAUUCCCCUUCCAACGAUAUCUCGUUCUUUGUGAAAAAGAUGUUAGUAUGCCAUCGUACAUAUUAAAAGAUUGUGUGUAUGAUCUAAGACCUUUAAUUAAAAAUUCCCGUAUUGGCAUUGAAAAUACUCAACGUGGAAAUCGAAGAAUUGGUAUGUCUAGACAUACACUAACAAAUGAGGUAAGGUUGUUUCAGGAAGACUGGCCGUCAACUGCUGUUUUAAGGAUGGACGAAUCGCAGAGGAAAGCGUUUAUUUCAGCACUUACAAAGGAAUUUGUGCUCAUUCAAGGUCCACCAGGAACCGGAAAGACGUACCUUGGAUUGCAAAUCGCAAAAGCAUUACUGCAUAAUAGUGGCAGAUGGCAACAGAUGGAUUCCAUUGGUGAGGAUGAAGAGGAUAAAAAGCCUAUUCGUAAUGCUCGAAGACCUGAAGCAUUACCGAAACCGUACAUGUUAGUUGUUUGUUAUACAAACCAUGCAUUGGAUCAGUUUGUUGAAGGAAUUGUUGAUUUUAUGCCAGAAAAUAUAUAUGAUGGUCGUUUUCCCAGAGUAGUUAGGUUUGGAAGCCGUUGUAAAAAUCCAAAAGUAGAAGAACUUUCGAUAAAAAACUUACGAAGAAAAGCUCGAUAUGAAUUUAAUAAUCCACGAGCUGGUGUAAUCGAAAAAGCAACAGCAGCUAAAAGGAAAAUAAAAGAGAUUCGAGAAACAAUCGAGGCAUUACAAAGCAGAAAUAUUGUUUUAUGGUUCAAUAUUUUGAAAUCUGUGCUUUCAGAAAAUCAUGUAAAUCAGUUUGGAGACAAUAAAAGUAUUGUUUGGUUGCAGUGGCUACACGUGUUAGAACAAUCAUGGUAUAAAGAAGUGAACAAGCAUUAUCAAAACCAAAAGUCUGACAAAGAAAUCAAAGAUCAACUUAUAGCAAUGGAGACUGAACAUAAAGAGGAAGAGUUAAUUACAGUGAUUUCUGAGUCAGAACAUGCAUUCAACGACCGAUACUUGGAGGUUGAUGAUGUUGAUUUUUCGCUCAAUACUGAUACUAUCGGUCUCGAUCUUGACAUGCAAUGUGAAAGUCAGCUACAGAAAACCAAACAUCUUGAAGAAAAAUGUCGAUUAAUUUUGCGUUUGGAAAAAGAGAAAGCAGCAAAAGAAUUGCAUUAUGGCGAAAACAUGUCAGAGGACCAAGUCAUUGACGUAAAAAAUAUCUGGAUACUUUCGAUGGAAGAUCGUUGGAAAAUGUAUAGAUAUUGGUUAAUGCAGUACAUCAAAAUACUUCACGAACAGCUGCGCACCAGUGAACAGGAAUUUAAUGAGAUAUUUGACGACUAUAUGCGUGCCAGUAAGGAAUUAGACGAAUAUAUCAUGCAACAGACAACGGUUAUCGCCAUGACUACAACCAAUGCAGCACGAUACAGCGAAUCCUUACACAAAGUUGGACCUCUAAUCACCAUAAUUGAAGAAGCAGCAGAAGUACCAGAAGCCCAUAUUAUUACUGCAAUCAGCCCAAGAUGUAAACAUUUGAUUUUGAUAGGGGACCACAAGCAAUUAGAACCAAAACCAGCCGUUUAUGAACUUGCGACUAGAUUUAAUUUAUCUGUUUCCCUGUUUGAAAGAAUGGUAAAUAAUGAGUUGAGUUACCAUUGCCUUCAACGACAACAUCGAAUGAGACCAGAAAUUUCUGAACUGGUACGCCACAUAUAUGAUGUUCUUUAUGACAACGACAAUGUAUAUGAAUAUCCACCAAUUAAAGGAGUUCGUAAGAGUUUGUUCUUCAUCACGCAUAACAAACAGGAAGCUUUUAAAGAUGAAGGAAGAAGUUUUUCUAACGAAUAUGAAGCUGAAUAUCUCCGAGAGCUUUGUCUUUAUCUGCUUAAGCAGGGAUAUAAACCAUCUGAUAUAACGAUCAUUGCAGCAUACACUGGUCAGAUGUUCUGUAUAAAAGAAAAAAUGCCUAGAUCGAAAUUCGAAGGAGUAAACAUUUGUGUACUAGACAAUUACCAAGGCGAAGAAAAUGAAAUCAUUCUGUUAUCAUUAGUGCGCAGCAAUGCCAAAGGCGAUAUUGGAUUCUUAAAUCGGGAAAACAGAAUUUGCGUUGCUUUGUCAAGAGCUAAACAAGGUCUUUUCAUAAUAGGAAAUAGCUCUACAUUGACCAUGAAGUCUCAGCAUUGGCAGACUAUUAUUAAAAAGCUACAAAUUGAAGAGGAAAACAGUAAUGAGAGCGAAACAGGUCCCAACUAUCCAUCGCUUGGAAAGGCGCUACCUCUGUACUGUCAAAAUCAUCUAUCUCACGAAGGAAUUCUAGCCGAGUCGCCUAACGACUUCAAGAAAGUAAAAGAUGGAGGUUGUAAUCUUCCAUGUGAAUUUCGACUAUCAUGUGGACAUGCAUGUCGAUACGAUUGUCAUCCAUUUGACAGGGAACAUGAGGCAUAUAAGUGCAUAAAGCAAUGUUCACAGACUUGUGAAGAAGGACAUAAAUGUCGUAAGAGAUGUCAUUUUGAUGAUUUAUGUUGUUGUAAUGUAAUUAUGACUCGGGAACUGAAAUGUGGACACACAGCUAAUCUUCAGUGCCAUGUGGAUUAUUCUAAAUACCCGUGUCCAGUUGAAGUAACAAGAACUUUAUCAUGUGGACAUCCUGCAAUUAUGAAAUGCUGCAUCGAUCAAGACGAUAUUCUCUGUAAAGUUAUUGUUGACAGAGAACUUAAGUGUGGUCAUACAACACAGUUAAAAUGUCAUGUUGAUCCAAAACGCCAUAUGUGUGUCACAGUCGUAACAGGGACACGAUCAAAGUGUGGACACGAAUUUGAACGUCAGUGUCAUAACGUCUUUUAUGAUGCAAUAAGUGAUUGUAGAGUUUUGAUAAAAGAAAAACGAUCAACCUGUGACCACGUGAUUGAACGGUUUUGUUAUAACACCGAAUUCGAAAAGCUUGUUAAGUGCAGCGUUAUUGUAAAAAUGAACAGAACAUCAUGUGGACACGAAACUCAAAGACAGUGUCAUAACCAAUUGUAUGAGAACACUCAUAAUUGCAAUGAAAUUGUAACGGAACAAUGGUUAUCAUGUGAACAUGAAUAUGAAAGAUAUUGCUAUGAUUCUAACUAUGUUCAGAGUCACACAUGCGAGAUUGUAAUUCCUGACAAAAGAGAUGAUUGCGGUCAUGAAUAUGUAAGGAAAUGUUCCGAUACGAAUUAUCAGACGGAAAACAAAUGCAGUGUCUACGUAGAAAAAGAUUUUCUAUACUGUGACCAUAAAAUAAUGCUCCCAUGUCAUCAAGAUGUCACUUCAAUUAAAUGUAAAGCAAAUAUUACCACUGUCUUCAAAUGCAAACAUUCCAAGACACACGAAUGUCACAGAAGUGAUUCAAUCAAAUGUACCGACAAAUGCAAUAAAAUAUGCAAAAACAGUCAUCAGUGUUUGACAUCCUGUCAUUUCCCGUUUUCUUGUGACUGCCAAGAGCUUAUCGAAACAAUUUUAGAACGCUGUCAACAUCAACAAAGUAUUCCAUGCUCGUCCGACCCUAAUAUUUAUCCAUGUAAAGCAAUGGCGAAGAAAGUUAUAGUGUCAUGCGGCCAUUCUCAGGAAAUGGAAUGCCAUAUAGACCCCGAAACUGUAUCCUGUAAAUUUGUGGUCCUAAAAUCUUUGCCUUUAUGUGGACAUAGGAAAAUGGUUUUGUGUUCAGCAAAUGUUUCAGACGUAAAAUGUACCGUAGAGGUUAAAAUUAAGUUGGGAAAAUGCGGACAUUCGGCUUCAAUAAAAUGCUGGGAGAAAGUAACAAAUAAGUUGCCAGAAAUUAAAUGUUCAGAGACUAUAACGCACGUGCGUUCCAACUGUGGGCAUACGAUAACUUUACAAUGUUGGAAAGUAUCAAGUAAAAAAAUACCGAAAUGCAAAGAAUUCAUAAGCACGACACUAGCAUGUGGUCAUUUAAUAAAAUGCGUAUGCAGUGAGUCGAAAGGAAAAACAUGUGACCAAACGUGUAAACAGCCAUUGCCAUGUGGACAUCUCUGUCCAGGAUCUUGUUAUGAAUGUCAAACAAAUUCCCGCCAUAGUGUAUGCAGUAGCCACUGUGAAAAAGAAUUGUUGUGUGGUCAUGUCUGUCAAAGUAAAGCUUGUAUGAAGUGCAGUCCGUGUCAAAAGUCUUGUGCAUUUGCAUGUUCACACUCGAAAUGUCGUACUAAAUGCACUGAUCCAUGCAACCCUUGUAAAGAAAACUGUUCAUGGGAGUGUAAACAUUAUAAGUGUACACAAUUAUGCUUUGAAGAAUGCAAUCGUCAAAGAUGUAAUCAUGACUGUGAUAGGACUUUGUCUUGUGGUCAUCUGUGUCCUGGUUACUGCGGUGAACCGUGUCCACUGCAGUGUGCUGAUUGUAAACCGGACAUUUAUAUUUUCAAAGAUAAUAGUAAAGAUAACAAAAUUGUUACAUUGCUACAAUGCGGUCAUUCUUUUGAAAGCUGCUAUCUUGAUGCUCGCAUGGAAGAAGUAACAAAUGACUUACUGUCAAAAUGCCCAUGUUGUGAAGACAUUAUUUGUUAUCAUCCAAGAUAUGAACGGAUUUUGAAAAAGCAAAAACUUGCACUUGAAGAUGCUAAAAAACAAAUUGGUAAAGUACGAAUGAAUUCCAAAACGCUGUACCCUGUUUGUGAUGCGAGAAUGUUGAAAAUUUUUGAACAGUAUACAACACGCAUUGCGACAUAUCUUCUCAUUGCUCAGCAAACACAAUGUAAGAACGACUUUGAUUUGGAAUUCAAACAUGCCGAGAUAUUGACCAAAUCUAUUCUCAAAGUUAUUGAUACAACAAAUGAAACUUCAUUUAAAACUUGCUUACAAUUGUCUGAGAAAAUAUUUGAUUUGCAUGUCCAAUGGAUGCUGUGUCUUUUCACCACGAAACCAAAACUACUAGAAACGUAUUACAUUGCCGAUUGGUUUCCGCCAUUGGUUAAGUCUAUGGGAAAUGCUUCAAACAAUUUCCCGCCCGAACUUAUAGAACCGAUGAAAAUUAUUUUAAAAGAGAAUGGUGGAAGAUUAACCGACACCAAAGGUCAUUUCACAAUAACCGGCCGUGAUAUAGGUGUAGUUGUAAGCGGGAUGAAGAAACAAAUAAAAAAGAAACAGUUAAUAGAAAUUUUAAAACCAUUUAUUGCUGAUAUGGAAGGUGACGGAUACUUGGCAACUACAAGUCGAUAUCCCAAAUUACAGAAUGUGGUUGGCAUACAUAGAAGCGAUUGGACAAUAUGUCAAAAAGGGCAUGCUAUGUCUAUGAUCAUGGACAGCUUGUGUCAAAGGUGCGAAGGUAACGAUAAUCAACAAACAGAAUUCGAGUAUUAUGAUGGACUACAUAUUGCCGCACAUGAACUAACAAAACCAAGCAGCAAUAGAGAAAACAAGAUGCCAGUUGGCGGUGACGUUAGACAUACGAAUUCGCAUAUAAAAUUAAAGAAUCCUUCGAAAAACAAACUUGAUAGUGAACAUUGCCACGAUGGUCGCGGACAAAAGCGUAAAGGCUGUGGGAAGGGAACUGAGAAAACAAUGCAGGUGAAAACAGAUACAACAGAUGGUAAUGCAAGUCGUGUUGGUACCGAUAGGAGCGUAGAAUUUAAAAGAGACGGACAUGGAGAUAAUAAUCAUGACAAAGGAAGUCGGGGUAAUCGUGGUCGCGGCCGUCCUGUUGGUAGAAGUCAAGAAAUCAAUCGUGGACCAGGUCGUGGUAAUAACAGAGGUCGUGGUAGGGGUCGUGGUCAUGAAGACAACACGCUUGGAAAUGGAGGUCCUGUUGGUAGAAGUCAAGAAAUCAAUCGUGGACCAGGUCGUGGUAAUAACAGAGGUCGUGGUAGGGGUCGUGGUCAUGAGGACAACAAGCUUGGGAAUGAAGGUCCUGUUGGUAGAAGUCAAGAACUCAAUGGUGGACAAGGUCGUGGAAAUAACAGAGGUCGUGGUAGGGGUCGUAGUCAUGAAAACACCAAGUAUAAUAAUGAAAAUCGUAGCGGUAGAAGUCUAGACUUCAUUCGUGGACAAGGUCGUGGUCGUGGUGGUAGUAGAGGUCGUGGUAGGGGUCGUGGUCAUGAAGACAACAAUGAUGGAGAUGAAAUUCCUGAUUUUAGAAGUCGCGAAUUCAGUAGAGACAGACAUCAAGAUGAUUCUAAUGACAGAGGACGUGGACGAGGUCGUGGUGGAAACAGAGGAGAUCGUGGUAGGGGUCGUCGUGGUCGCUGAUCAAAACUAUUGAUAAUAGUGUGUUUAGAAAUAUGUACAAUAGAUGUAUCCGAUGUAAUAGAUUACUAUUAAUUCGUAAAUAACUUUUAGCUAGAAAGGUAAAGAUACGUUAUUAUUCGUCGGAUACACGGUUUUUCGAUUUUAGGGGUAAAAGUAAAACGAUUUGAUGUAUAUCAUAAAAAAAAAAUCCAAAUUAGUUUAUAUUAAGUAGGAUGAUUUUAAAUUCACACUAUCAAGUAUCGACAAAAAAAAUUUUUUUUCCUCAAUGUGCGAAAAUUGCGUUUCCCAUCUUAAAUGAUUCAACAGUAUGCUUAAAUACAGUAAAAGUCCAAGUAUUCCUAUCAAGAUGAAAUGAUAUAAGAAUAUUUGAGAUAUCAAAGUAUAGUGCAUCGCUUUACAUUGCAUACUCUAAAAGAGUUUGCGCAGAUAAAUAUUUCGUCCUUCCAACAGUUAAAUCAACUAAGACUAUAUCAUAAGCCUUCGUGAUCUUUCUAAUAAUUCCUCGUUUCAAUUUUCAUGUUUAAACUUUGAUUUUUUUGUUGUCAAUGUUCAUCAAAUAUGUACAAUGUGCUAGAGUGACGAAAAAUACCACUCUAUGUAGUUGGGAACAAAAAAAAACAUAUGAAUUCUGAAACCUUUGUUUCAAUUAAAUACAGGUUUUUUUUUAAAUAAAAUUAAAAUAUAAUUUAAAUUGUAGACGAUGAUAUCAUGUAAUAAAAAAAUGUUUUGUGUUUUAUGUGGGUUUUUUUUGUAAAAAAAAUAUAUAGAAAGAGAGCAAACAAAUUAUUAUAGUCAAUUAUAUGCCUUUUUUGUUCUAUUUAUAGAAUUCUUUGCUAACAAUAUGAUUAGGCCCUGUGAUUAUAUUUUCCAGUAAGUUUUUUUCUUCUAAGGUUUAAAAAAGUUAUCUAAAUUUAGAGACAACUAAAAGGUCAUACAAGUACUUUUAGAUGAUCCCAGAAUAUCUGUUCAAUCUUUAUAUGUUGUUAUUAUUUUUAUGUAUCAAAAUAAUUGUCUCGAUUGUAUCACAAUAAAAAAACAUAUAAUAAUA